CACAAGUCUUUUUCGAUAGUUCGUCAAUGGUACCGAUAACCGCUUGCCAUCUGUGCCGGCAGCUCUUGAAAAUUCUGUAAAUUCUGCAACAACUGACGGAUCAUGGAUAGCAUAAUUGGACGCAGCCAGUUUGUCUCAGAAACGGCCAAUCUCUUUCUAGAUGAGAAGACGGCGACGGCAAGGACUAAGGUAGUCGAGUGGUGCAAUGAACUGGUAAUCGCACCGGCUUCGACCAAAUGUGAACUCCUGGUCAAGGUGCAGGAGAUUGUCCUUGGAUCCUGCACAGAGCUGGCCGAGGAGUUCCUGGAGCCAGUGCUGUCUUUGGCCCACGACCCGAACAUGGAGGUGCGGAGGCAGGUGGUCGCCUUCGUGGAGCAACUGUGCAAAGUGAAGGUUGAGCUACUGCCUCAUGUUAUUAACAUCGUGUCUAUGCUGCUAAGGGAUAACUCUGCCCAGGUGAUCAAGCGAGUCAUCCAGGCCUGCGGCAGCAUCUACAAAAAUGGGUUGCAGUACUUGUGCAACCUCAUGGAACCUGGUGACAGCGCCGAGCAGGCAUGGAACAUCCUCAGCCUGAUCAAGGCCCAGAUUCUGGACAUGAUAGACAACGAAAACGAUGGCAUACGCACAAACGCGAUCAAGUUCCUCGAGGGCGUUGUUGUGCUGCAGAGCUUUGCUGACGAAGACAGCCUCAAAAGGGAUGGAGACUUCUCGCUGGGCGAUGUCCCGGACCACUGUAAGCUCUUCCGCCGCCAAAAGUUGCAGGAGGAAGGCCACAAUAUAUUUGACAUAUUGCUCCAGUUCCACGGUACCACGCAUAUUUCAUCGGUAAACUUAAUUGCCUGUACAAGCAGCCUCUGCACGGUUGCCAAAAUGCGGCCCGUAUUCAUGGGUGCCGUAGUAGAUGCUUUUAAGCAGCUGAAUGCCAAUCUGCCGCCCACCCUCACUGAUUCGCAGGUGAGCUCCGUGCGCAAGAGUUUGAAGAUGCAGCUGCAAACUUUGCUGAAGAAUCGCGGAGCCUUCGAGUUUUCGGGCUCCAUUCGAGGCAUGCUGGUUGACCUGGGAUCCUCGACUAAUGAGAUCCAGAAGCUUAUUCCUAAGAUGGACAAACAGGAGAUGGCUCGGCGACAGAAGCGCAUCCUUGAAAACGCCGCACAAAGUCUCGCAAAAAGAGCACGUUUGGCCAGUGAAAAGCAAGAGCAGCAGCAUAGGGAGAUGGAGCUAGACACCGAGGAGUUGGAGAGGCAGAAGCAAAAGUCCACACGAGUGAACGAGAAGUUUCUGGCCGAGCAUCUGCGCAAUCCCGAAACGGUGGUUGGUCUGGUAGUGGAGUUCCUGCCAAGCCUGCCCGCUGAGGUGCCACAGAAGUUUCUUGAGGAGUACACGCCCAUUCGUGAAAUGUCCUUACAGCAGCAGGUGAGCAACAUCUCCAGAAUGUUUGGCGAGCAGCUUUCAGAGAAGCGCCUUGGCCCAGGCGCCGCAACCUUUAGUCGGGAGCCACCAAUGAGGGUUAAAAAAGUGCAAGCAAAUGAGUCAGCAUCUACUGCUAUGGACGUAGACGAUGAAGCUGUUCAAAAACUGAGUGAAGAAGAAUUGCAACGCAAGGAGGAGGCCACCAAAAAGCUGCGCGAGACAAUGGAGCGAGCCAAGGGCGAGCAGACUGUGAUCGAAAAGAUGAAGGAGCGCGCCAAGACACUGAAGCUGCAGGAGAUCACUAAGCCUCUGCCACGCAAUCUUAAGGAAAAGUUCCUAACAGAAGCAGUGCGUCGCAUCCUUAACUCGGAGCGGCAGUGCAUCAAGGGAGGGGUGUCAUCUAGGCGCCGGAAGCUGGUUACCGUUAUUGCAGCCACCUUCCCGGAUAACGUACGUUACGGCAUCAUGGAGUUCAUUCUUGAGGAUGUGAAACAGCGCAUUGAUUUAGCCUUCUCCUGGCUCUUUGAGGAGUACUCUCUGUUGCAAGGAUUCACAAGGCACACUUACGUUAAGACAGAGAAUCGACCAGAUCACGCAUAUAACGAGUUACUAAACAAGCUCAUAUUUGGCAUCGGAGAGCGUUGCGAUCACAAGGAUAAGAUUAUACUGAUCCGUCGCGUUUAUCUGGAGGCACCCAUUCUUCCCGAAGUUUCAAUAGGACAUUUGGUUCAGCUUUCAUUGGACGACGAGUUUUCCCAGCACGGUCUGGAGCUAAUCAAGGAUCUUGCGGUUCUUAGACCUCCUCGAAAGAAUAGAUUCGUGCGAGCGCUGCUUAACUUUUCCGUGCACGAGCGAACUGACCUUCGGGAUCGUGCACUGGCCCACCUUGUCAGUCUCUAUCAUGUGCACAAAAUCCUUCCGGCGCGGAUAGAUGAAUUUGCUACGGAGUGGCUUAAGUUCGUAGAGCAGGAGACUCCACCAGCCGCUGUUUUUUCGCAAGACUUCGGUCGACCAACAGCAGAGUCCGCCUGGCGGGAAGACACGGCAAAGGUGUGCCUUGGUUUAGCCUUUACCCUGCUACCCUAUAAGCCGGAAGUUUAUGUGGAACAGAUUUGUCAAGUUUUCGUGUCUACCUCCGCCGAACUGAAGCGCACAAUUUUGCGUAGCCUAGAUAAUCCUAUCAAGAAGCUGGGUGUAGAAAAUCCUACAAUACUGCAGCUGAUUGAGGACUGCCCGAAGGGCAUGGAGACCUUGGUGAUCCGCAUCAUCUACAUACUGACGGAGCGAGUGCCAUCGCCGCAUGAGGAUCUGGUCCGACGGGUUAGGGAUCUCUACCAGAACAAGGUCAAGGAUGUUCGUGUGAUGAUACCCGUACUAAGUGGCUUGUCCCGCUCCGAGCUGAUCUCCGUUCUUCCUAAGCUGAUAAAACUUAACCCCGCUGUGGUGAAGGAGGUUUUCAAUCGUUUGCUUGGCAUUGGUGCCGAAUUUGCUCAUCAGACGAUGGCUCUGUCUCCCACUGAUAUUCUGGUGGCCUUGCACACCAUUGACACCAAUGUCUGCGACCUUAAGGCCAUUGUCAAGGCUACAUCGCUGUGCCUGGCUGAGAGAGAUUUAUACACCCAGGAGGUGCUAAUGGCUGUGCUACAGCAGCUGGUGGAGGUUGUUCCACUGCCUACUCUGAUGAUGCGCACAACCAUACAGAGUUUGACUCUUUAUCCGCGCCUAGCCAACUUUGUAAUGAACUUGCUGCAGCGUCUUAUCAUGAAGCAAGUUUGGCGGCAGAAGGUGAUCUGGGAGGGCUUUUUAAAGACCGUGCAACGCCUCAAGCCGCAGUCCAUGCCGAUUCUGCUGCACCUGCCUCCCGCCCAGCUGGUGGACGCACUGCAGCAGUGCCCUGAUUUGAGGCCAGCUUUGUCGGAAUACGCGGAGAGUAUGCAGGACGAGCCGAUGAAUGGCAGCGGCAUUACCCAGCAGGUUUUGGACAUCAUCUCCGGGAAGUCAGUGGAUGUGUUUGUCACGGACGAAAGUGGCGGUUACAUCAGCGCCGACCACAUCAAAAAGGAGGUGCAGGAUCCAUCGGAAAUCGGCGUUAUAUCCACAGUGCCCGUGCUGACGUCUCUGGUGCCACUGCCUGUUCCCCCGCCCAUCGCCAGCGAUCUGAACCAGCCUCUGCCGCCUGGCGAGGACUAGCUACAGCUUAACUGUUUUGUUUGCCCAUAGACAUCUCCAAUUUACUCAAUAAGACAAAGAUUAUAUUUACACUUUCUCUUAA